AUGACAACGUGCAUUCGUUUGUAUUCAAAAAGCGAUUCAGAAGGCGAUUUUCAUUUGGAAGCGAUUCAAAAACGUCUUCAGGACCAGUUGAAAUGCCCUGAAAUCAGAAUCCAAGAAGAGUCCGGCUUCUACGUGGUGGUUGAGAAUGUGCAUUUGGACUUGUUGAUUGAGAGGUCAGAUGACUUGAAGAGACUACUGUCACACAAUGUAUUUCAUCAAGAUGUUAAGCCAGAAACAUCGUUUGAUAAGGAUGAUGGGGAAGUUAUUGAGGUUGGGCCAAGGUGAGUUGAGGUUUUUAGGUAUAAGUUUUAAGUUUAUGUUAGUUUCGUAAAAUUAAAAAUGAUUAUUUUGUUUUAUUUUUUUUAAUUUUUUAGGCGUAAAAUGCAUUUUUUUUGGCUAAAAAGUUCAGUUUUGUUUUUUUAGGCCUAAAUCCCUAAAUUUUUGGUACUUUCAUAUAUUGUUUGUCGAAUAUACUUGUUUUGCUUAUGGUUGUAUUAAUUAAAAAUCUUUUCCAGGCUAACCUUCACUUCCCCCUUCUCAACCAACGCCGUAUCAGCAUGUUUGGCAGCCGGCUUCCAAGGAAUAAUUCGUCUCGAAAAGUCACGCCGAUACCAAAUCACUGGCGCUACCUCAGAAACCCUAGAAGUAAUUGAUUUUCUGGAAGAAUUUGGUGACAAAAUGACAGAACAAUUAUAUUAUACCACACCGUCCUUUGUCAUCGAUUCUCCCCAACGUGAAGACUUCUUCUUUGUUGAUGUUCUAGGCAAGGAUGGAGAAGAUAACCUAGAGAAGGUGAACCAAGAAUUAGGAUUGGCAUUCGAUGACAAUGACAAAGAGUACUAUCUGAGUAUGUACAGAAAGUUGGGGCGGAAUCCGACUGAUGUGGAGUUGUUUGACUUGGCACAAAGUAACAGUGAACAUAGCAGACAUUGGUUCUUCAAGGGGAAUCUGAUUGUAGAUGGAAAGCAGAGAGAGAAACAUCUUUUUAAGACGAUUCAGGAGACUCAGGAUCACAGUAAUCCUAAUAAUGUCAUCGCUUUUUGUGAUAACAGCAGGUAAAGGGAUCAAACAAAAAUUUGUUUUGUGAAAAAUAAAUUACUUUUGAUCGUAUAACAUGUCACUUUAUAAAAGAAAUUAAUUUUGCAAAACAUUUUGCCGUAAAAAUAUUUUUUUUAAUUUUUAUUUUCAGUGCCAUAAAAGGCUUCGAAUCCCCAUCAAUUCUCCCUUCAAACACCACAGAAUCCAGUAGCCUCAAGGUCGAGAACCGUACCAAACAUAUCAUCUACACAGCUGAAACCCACAACUUCCCCACAGGAGUCUGCCCAUUUCCAGGCGCAGCUACAGGAACAGGAGGCCGGCUUCGCGACGUUCAAGCCACAGGUCAAGGAGCUCACGAGGUGGCUGGAGUUGUUGGUUAUUCAUUCGGCAAUCUUCACCUUGAAGACUUUGAACAACCUUGGGAAGAAGAUAUCCAUUCCUAUCCGGUCAACUUUGCUCAUCCUCGAAAGAUCCUGUUGGACGCUUCAAAUGGAGCUUCAGACUAUGGCAACAAGUUUGGAGAACCUGUAAUCUCUGGUUUCUCGCGAGCUUUCGGCCAAUUUGUGGAGUUGGCCAAUGGAGAGAAGGAGAGGAUCGAGUACAUCAAGCCGAUCAUGUUCUCCGGAGGCAUUGGGCUCAUGGAUUCGGUUCAUUCGAAGAAGGCCGAGUGCCAGAAGGGUCAAUUGAUCGCCAAAGUUGGAGGUCCGGUCUAUAGGAUUGGACUAGGAGGUGGGGCGGCUAGUUCAGUUGUUGUUCAAGGUGAUCGAGUAGCUGAACUUGAUUAUGGAGCAGUUCAGAGAGGAGAUCCGGAGAUGGAGCAGAAAGUUCACAGAGUUAUCAGAGCUUGUGUUGAAAUGAACGAAAAUAAUCCGAUUUUGAGUAUUCAUGAUCAAGGAGCUGGAGGCAAUGGUGAGUUUUGUGAUGUUAGUAAACUACUUUAUGCUGUUUUAGGUAUUAAAAUAAGACAUUGGUUUAGUUUUUGUAAUUAAAAUAAUACUUUUUUAAAAAUAUUAUUUAAAUUGAUAAAUUCAAGGUUAUCGCAUAAAAUUUUUUGUCUUUACCUCUAAAACAAUGUUUUGUUACCUAAAAAACAAUUUUUCUUCAGGAAACGUACUGAAAGAGAUAGUGGAAGGAAAAGAAGGUGGUGCCAUAAUUUACAGCGACAAAUUCCAAAUUGGAGACCCAACAAUAAGUGUUAGAGAGCUGUGGGGAGCUGAGUAUCAAGAGAACGAUGCUAUUUUAUUGGAUCAAAGCCGAAGAGAAGAGUUGGAGAAGAUCGGCGAAAGAGAAAGAUGUCCCAUUCAGAUAGUUGGAGAAGUUACUGGAGACAACAGAGUGAUUUUGAAGGAUUUUGAAGAGAAUGAAAAGAAUCCGGUCGAUAUUAACUUGGAGGAAUUGGCUGAGCGAGAAGCUAAGGUAAGAUUUUGGCUUGAGAUUUUAGGUUUGAUUUUGUUUUUGUUUGAUUUUUAGUGUUAUAAGGGUUUUUUUAUUAUGUUUGUAGCUUGAACACUAAGUUCAUAAGCAUAUAAGACUUAAAUACAAAGGCUUUGUUCAAAAUCAAUUUAAUUUAUAUGAGUUAACCCUUCUUUUGGCAUCAAUAUCUAUGUUAUAAACCUAAAUUCCUCCCUUUCAGACCUUCAACUUGGACUCCAAGCCAUUUGUCCCCAAGACUUUAGAUAUUCCAGCCGAUUUAUCAGUGACAAAAGCUCUAGAGCUUGUCUUAAGAUUACCACCAGUUGGAUCCAAGCGAUUUCUGACGAACAAGGUGGAUCGGUCGGUAACUGGCUUGAUCGCUCAACAACAAUGUGUUGGUCCUCUACAUUUACCGCUGGCGGACUGUGGAGUAACUGCUCACAGCUACUUUGAUACAGUUGGAAGUGUUGUUGGUUUGGGGGAGCAACCUAUUAGGGGUAGGAUAAUUUGAUACCUAAAAUUUUGUUUUUUUUAACUAUAGUUCAUUGUUUAUAUGUGAAUAAUUCAUUUUAGACUUAAACGACAAGAAUAGUAAAAUUUCUUUGCAGGCCUAGUUAACCCGGAAUCCGGAGCUCGUUCCUCAGUAGCCGAGUCUCUAACUAACCUUGUAUUUACCCCCAUUACCUGCCUUGAAGACGUCAAAUGUUCUGGCAAUUGGAUGUGGCCAGCUAUGUUGGAAGGAGAAGGUCAACGUCUUGUCGCUGCUUGUGAUGCCAUGUGUGAUUUCAUGAAGCAAAUAGGUAUUGCCAUCGAUGGAGGCAAAGAUUCUUUGAGUAUGGCAGCUAAAGUUGGUCAUGAUGUUGUCAAAUCACCUGGUACUUUAGUCAUCAGUUCUUAUGCACCUGUCUCUGAUAUCACUAAGGUGGUGGGACCGGACUUGAAGACUGGUCUUGAUGGUACACAUCUGUUUGUGGUGCAUAUGGGAGGAAAGGAAGGUAAAACAAGGUUAGGAGGAAGUGCUUUGGCUCAGACCUUGAAGCAGAUUGGCACAGAAUCUCCAGACGUUGAUGACGCGAAGUACUUUAAACAAGCUUUCAAUGUGAUUCAGAAGCUUGUGAACGACAGAAUGAUCUUAUCUGGUCAUGACAUUAGUGAUGGUGGUCUUCUAACUACAGUAAUCGAAAUGGCGUUUGCUGGAAAUUGUGGUAUCGAUCUAGACUUUACGUUCAGCUGCAAAGACUUAGUUUCCAACCUGUUUAACGAAGAAAUUGGAGUUGUUUUUGAAGUUUCAAACGACAAUUUGGGUACGGUAACUAAGGCGUUUGAUGAAGCUGGAGUUGUUUGUAAAAAGAUUGGCAAAACAGUACCAGUUUAUGGUAAAGAGGCCAAUGUUACUAUCGCUGUGAAAGGAGAGAAGAUACUAAAAGAGAAGCUGCAAAGGUUGUAUGAGGUAUUUGAGGAGAUUACUGAUAACAUGGAGUUACUGCAGACGAAUAAGAAGUGUGUUCAGGAGCAAAAAGACUGGAGAAAGAGGAUUCAGAAGCCUGAAUAUCAACUUACGUUUGAGUAUGGCAAAGGUGGAGCUGAUAAGACAAAAGAAAAGCCUCGUGUAGCCAUAAUUCGUGAAGAAGGCAGUAAUGGAGAUCGUGAAAUGGCCGCCGCCUUCAUCCUAGCCGGCUUCGAGGCCGUCGAUGUCACGAUGACAGAUUUAUUAGACAAUCACGUAUCUUUGUCACAAUUCAAAGGUAUCGCCUUUGUUGGUGGAUUCUCAUACGCUGAUGUACUUGGCUCAGCUAAAGGAUGGGCUGCGACGAUUCAGAUGCACGAGAGUCUGGCUGUGGAGUUUGAAAACUUCAGAAGACGAAAGGAUACCUUCUCGUUUGGAGUUUGUAAUGGAUGUCAGUUAAUGGGGCUAUUGGGGUGGAUUGGAGAUGUUGAUGAGAAGUGUGGUAAGGAUAAGAUAAAGUUAGAUAACAACUUUGAAGCCUACAAAAUCAUCAAAAAACAUGUUUUAAAUUACUUUAUCUAAGGCAUACUACAAUAUAAAUUUUUAUAACAACAACUAUCUUCAGCUGACACCCAAGUAUUUCUCGACCGAAACGAGUGUGGUCGAUUCCAAUCCUCGUUCUCUCGAGUACGAAUCGAAAACUCGAAAGCGAUUAUGCUAAAAGGUAUGGAAGGUUCGAUUCUCGGCGUCUGGAGCUCUCACGGUGAAGGUAAAUUCACCUACAGAACGCCAGAAACCCUUAAAAAGCUCGAAUCUCAACAAUUGAUUGGCCUGCGAUAUGUUGAUGAAGCAGACAAACCUACAACACUAUACCCAGCCAAUCCGAAUGGCAGUGAAGGUGGUGUGGCUGGGGUAUCUUCGGCCGAUGGACGACAUUUUUGUUUAAUGCCUCAUCCUGACCGUGCCUUCCUCAGCUGGCAAUGGCCAAAUUAUCCGGAAGAAUGGGGUCGAAAGGAGGGAUGCGUGUCGCCGUGGAUAAGGAUCUUUGAAAACGCCUAUCAGUGGGUACAACAACAAUGA